UGAGGAGGCGGAGGGUGCCUGAGCCGAGCCGCGGGGCGGGCGCCUGCGAAGGGGGGAGAGACUGCGGCGGCGGGAGGGGACCGGCACACGCACGCACACGGACAGACACGCACACACUCAGGCACGCACGCAGGGACGGAUGACAGCAGCAGCCGCCACGAUGUGAGGCGGGCUGCGCGGGGGGACGCGGAGGCGCCGCGGAGAGGAGAAGCGAAGCGAGGCGAGGCAGUCCGCGCACCCCCGGCGGCGGGAGGGGCGGCCGGGGCGGGGCCGGCCGGGCCCGGGGCGAACCGUGUGCCCCGGCGGGCAGGGCGCGGAGCGGCCGCGGGCGGCGAGUCUGGGACCGCUGGUGGCGGCGCUGGUGGGCUGACCGGCUCCUGUUUGCUUGGCUCCAGUCUCCCUCUCUCAGCCCGCGGGCCCCGAUGAGGAGCGCCCCUGCGCUGCCGGACUGACGCCUCGCUGCCCUCCCCUCCGCUGCCUCCGCCGCCGACGAGGAGGAGCGUUGCCCCGCGGCGGAGAGUGCGGCGCCCCGGAUCGCCGGCCGCCCCUUGCACCGCCCUCCCCGGCGGGGGCUCGUCUGCCGCCUGCGGGGCGGGCGGCCGCGGCGCGGCGGUGACAGCGCGGCGGCGGCGAGGCCGGGGGAGCGGGGAGCGCCGCCGCCGAAGACCAUGAGGAAAUUUAACAUCAGGAAGGUGCUGGACGGCCUGACGGCGGUCUCCUCAGCCGCCUCGGCGUCGUCCGCCGCCCAGCAGCAGCAGGCGGGGAACCGGGAGACCGAAAUCCAGGAGACGCUUCAGUCCGAGCACUUCCAGCUCUGCAAGACUGUACGCCAUGGUUUCCCCUAUCAACCUUCAGCCUUGGCAUUUGAUCCUGUUCAGAAAAUACUGGCCAUCGGGACUCAGACUGGAGCACUAAGGCUCUUUGGUCGGCCGGGGGUUGAAUGCUACUGCCAGCAUGACAGUGGAGCUGCAGUAAUACAGCUUCAGUUCCUGAUUAAUGAGGGAGCUCUUGUGAGUGCCUUGGCUGAUGAUACCUUACACCUGUGGAACUUACGUCAGAAGAGACCUGCUAUACUUCAUUCACUGAAAUUUAACAGAGAACGGAUAACAUUUUGUCAUCUGCCUUUCCAAAGUAAAUGGCUAUAUGUGGGCACCGAAAGAGGAAACAUUCACAUUGUCAAUGUGGAAUCAUUUACUCUCUCAGGCUAUGUCAUCAUGUGGAAUAAAGCCAUUGAACUGUCAUCCAAAUCUCACCCAGGACCUAUUGUCCACAUUAGUGACAAUCCGAUGGACGAAGGAAAGCUUCUGAUUGGCUUUGAGUCUGGAACAGUGGUAUUAUGGGAUCUGAAGUCAAAGAAGGCGGAUUACAGAUACACACAUGAUGAGGCUAUCCACUCUGUGGCUUGGCAUCAUGAAGGAAAACAAUUUAUUUGUAGUCACUCAGAUGGUACCUUGACCAUAUGGAAUGUAAAAUCUCCUACCAAACCAUUCCAGACAAUCACUCCACAUGGAAAGCAGCUGAAGGAUGGAAAGAAGCCAGAACCCUGCAAACCUAUCCUUAAGGUGGAAUAUAAAACAACUAGAGCGGGGGACCCUUUCAUCAUUCUCUCAGGAGGCUUGUCAUAUGACACUGUAGGAAGAAGACCCUGUUUAACAGUUAUGCAUGGGAAAAGUACUGCUGUGCUAGAAAUGGAUUAUUCUAUUGUUGAUUUUCUUACCCUCUGUGAGACACCAUAUCCUAAUGACUUUCAGGAACCAUACGCUGUAGUUGUUCUCCUAGAAAAGGACUUAGUACUGAUCGACCUUGCACAAAACGGGUACCCUAUAUUUGAGAAUCCCUAUCCUUUGACUAUACAUGAAUCUCCGGUUACCUGUUGUGAAUAUUUUGCUGACUGUCCUGUGGACCUCAUACCUGCACUCUAUUCAGUUGGCGCUCGACAGAAACGUCAAGGUUACAGUAAGAAGGAAUGGCCUAUCAGUGGAGGCAACUGGGGUUUGAUCACUCAGAGCUAUCCAGAGAUAAUUAUUACAGGGCAUGCUGAUGGGUCAAUCAAGUUUUGGGACGCCUCAGCAAUAACGCUGCAAGUACUCUAUAAGCUAAAAACAGCUAAAGUGUUUGAAAAAUCACGGAAUAAAGAGGACAGGCCAAACACAGAUAUAGUAGAUGAAGAUCCAUAUGCUAUUCAGAUCAUCUCAUGGUGUCCAGAAAGUAGAAUGCUGUGCAUAGCUGGAGUUUCUGCACAUGUCAUUAUUUACAGGUUCAGCAAGCAGGAAGUCACAACAGAAGUUAUUCCGAUGCUGGAAGUACGUCUGUUAUAUGAAAUAAAUGAUGUUGAAACACCAGAUGGUGAGCAGGUACCACCUUUACCAACUCCAGGCACGGGUUCCAAUCCUCAAUCUAUUGUUCCCCAGUCUCAUCCAUCUACUAGUAGCAGUUCAUCUGACGGACUUCGUGAUAAUGUCCCAUGUUUAAAAGUUAAAAAUUCUCCUCUCAAGCAAUCUCCAGGCUACCAAAUUGAGCUAGUUAUCCAGCUAGUGUGGGUGAGUGGAGAACCUCCUCAGCAGAUAACCAGCUUAGCAGUCAACUCGGCAUACGGCCUAGUAGUUUUUGGAAACUGUAAUGGUAUUGCCAUGGUUGAUUACCUCCAGAAGACAGUGCUCCUGAAUCUAGGCACUAUUGAACUGUAUGGCUCCAAUGAUCCUUAUCGCAGGGAGCCACGAUCUCCCAGAAAAACUCGGCAACCGUCCGGAGCAGGUCUUUGUGAUAUUAAUGAAGGUACAACGGUUCCAGAAGAUCGCUGCAAAUCACCCACUUCAGGUUCUGGUUCACCAAACAAUUCUGAUGAUGAUCAAAAAAUGAAUAAUUUUAUAGAAAAGGUGAAGACCAAAAGCAGAAAGUUUUCCAAGAUGGUAGCCAAUGACAUAGCAAAGAUGUCCAGGAAGCUAAGUUUGCCAACUGAGUUAAAGCCUGAUUUAGAUGUCAAAGACAACUCUUUCAGUCGAUCUCGGAGUUCUAGUGUAACUAGCAUUGAUAAAGAGUCACGCGAGGCAAUUUCAGCUCUUCAUUUUUGUGAGACUUUCACAAGAAAGGCUGAUACAUCACCUUCCCCAUGCCUGUGGGUUGGGACCACACUGGGUACGGUGCUUGUCAUUGUACUGAACUUACCCCCAGGAGGAGAGCAAAGACUUCUUCAGCCAGUUAUCGUUUCUCCUAGUGGAACUAUCCUGAGGUUAAAAGGGGCAAUCUUGAGAAUGGCUUUUCUGGAUACCACAGGAUCUUUGGUCCCACCAGCACAUGAACCCUGGAGAGAACACAAUGUUCCUGAAGAUAAAGAUGAAAAAGAUAAAUCAAAAAAGCGACGACCUGUCUCAGUGUCCCCCUCUUCCUCUCAGGAAAUCAGUGAAAACCAAUAUGCAGUGAUAUGUUCGGAAAAGCAAGCAAAAGUUAUUUCCCUGCCAUCCCAGAACUGUAUUUAUAAGCAAAACAUAACAGAGACUUCUUUUGUUCUUCGUGGAGACAUAGUGUCAUUGAGUAACAGUAUCUGCCUUGCAUGUUUCUGUGCCAAUGGACAUAUUAUGACUUUUAGUUUGCCAAGUUUAAGGCCGUUGUUGGAUGUAUAUUAUCUGCCACUCACCAAUAUGCGGAUAGCCAGAACAUUCUGCUUCACCAAUAACGGACAAGCACUCUAUCUUGUCUCACCAACUGAGAUACAGAGGCUCACUUACAGUCAAGAAACAUGUGAAAAUCUUCAGGAAAUGUUGGGUGAGCUCUUCACUCCUGUAGAAACACCAGAAGCACCGAACAGGGGGUUCUUUAAAGGCCUGUUUGGAGGUGGGGCACAGUCACUCGACAGAGAAGAACUCUUUGGAGAAUCGGCAUCUGGGAAGGCAUCAAGGAGUCUUGCCCAGCAUAUUCCAGGGCCUGGGGGUAUUGAAGGUGUCAAAGGAGCAGCAUCUGGUGUAGUUGGUGAACUAGCACGAGCCCGGUUGGCACUAGAUGAAAGAGGACAGAAACUAGGAGAACUGGAAGAAAAAACUGCAGCUAUGCUUUACAGUGCUGAUUCUUUCUCUAAACACGCUCAUGAGAUGAUGUUGAAGUACAAAGACAAGAAGUGGUACCAAUUCUGAUGAUGCUCAUCAAUGACAUCUGUUUAAUUUUGUCCUGAUGGAAAAAUCCUGGUUUUUCAUUAAUUUUGGCAGGACCAUUGAAAUCUAAAGGAGUAUUCACCAUUGGAUACUGUUGUUUCCUAGCACAAAUCACACACUGUUUUACCUCAGUCGUGGCUUUAACUGAGGAGCUUUAUAUUUAAAAGAAACACACACAAAGAAACAAACUUGAGUGUUUCUUAGCUGUUGGUUAGCUGAGAGUUGGAACAGAGAAGGUAACUAGAACAUGUGGAAAAGAGGGUAAAGGAAAAACUUAGUGUGAGAUGGGCAGGGGCAAUGCAGGGUCAAUCCUGUGUUAAUAUUUCAUAUGCCAAAAGUUCUUGUGCUAUUGUAAUUGCCGCCAGUGUUAUACCCUCCUGUGAGGAGAGGCAAUAAAUCAGGGGUCCAAGAGCUGGAAUAAAGUUGUUUGUCUUGCUGGACAGUAGCUGACUUACACUUAACCUCUCUACGACUCCCUAUACUUACCAUUGUUGUUGAUGAAGAGUUGAAGUUUGCUGUCACUUCUUUCAUCGGAAAAGCUGGAAGCUUGGAAGAUUUCAUGUUGAAAAUUGUAUACAUAGUUGACCUGUGCAUAGUCUUUUCUUGGACCCCUGAUCGAGUAUUCUUGUAUUCACAUCAUAUUCUGUGAAGUGCAAAACCAGAGAACACACAAUUUUUUGCAUUAAAGAAGUCAAGUGAAUAAUAUGACUGGAAUGUGUCAUGCUGGGAGUUUUCAUUUGUGUUAUGGCCGUGCAAUGUGAAAUGUGGUAACAUCUUCAUUGUGGUAAGAAUACUUCAACUUCUGUUCAGUUAAAUAUAAUUUUUUUGCCAAAAAUAGCUAUUGGUUCGGUUUGUAUAACAUUUAGAGUUGGCUGUAGGUUCCAUUCAUGCUGUGAUUUUUUUAUAAAUGUUUAACAGAAUGUAUCUUUACAGCCAUUAAUAAAAAUAGCUGAGGUAGAUAGUUUUGCUCAAACUGAAGUUCUAGGUGCCCCGUCAGUCCUUUACUAUGAAAUCAGAUGAUCUCGGACUCAGGUUUUCAAACAGUUUUACACUCCAUGGAGGUGCUGAUGCAUGAAUAAUGGCAAGCAUCUAAUAUUUAAUAAUUGUCAGUAUAUUCGUUAGCAAAUUCCUAAAUCCUGCUAGUGGAGCUAUUUUACAAGUACCUAUCUCAGUCCCACCCGGCACUAAAGACAGUUGGCCUAAAGUUUGGAUUUAGUCUCUGAAGCUGUUUUUUUCAAUGUGGGCAGUGGUAAGUGUCCACUAAAACUUCAGGAAUUGCUGAAAUACUGUUCAGUUUGGGUGAGGUAAAUAAAAUAGCUGAGCUAACUUGUUAAUGGCUGCUGUAGCAGUAGGAAUAACCGUAACUCUUUUAAAAAGAGAGGAUUCCUUAAAAUAAAUGUUUGCAUUUCAAAAAUUAAUUUAGACUUUUUUUCCUCAAAGCGGCAGUAGUUACUGAUUGGUUUUGUUUUAUAAAAGAGAGUACUUAGAAGCUGAUAGGUCUGCAUUGUCUGAAAUUAAUCAUUUGGGUUUGCUUCUCCAAGCAUCACAUCCUCUGUGUUUUUGCACACUUUCCAAAGGUUCCCAAAGCAAAACCUUGGUUAUAUUUGUAUUAUAAAGUGAUGUUGCAAUUGCAUAGAUAAGGCAACCUUACAAAACACUUAAGGGAUAUGAAAUAUUAAAGUUACUAGUGGUUCUUAAUUCAUUUUUCAAAUGAAAGGCAAAUAUGUUUGGGCUUCAUAGCACAAAUUGAUAAAUUUUCUGAUUUUAUGUAUAGUAACAUCUAAUUAAAAAAAGUGAAUUUGGUUGCCAGUACAAGGGCAUGCCAUACCGUGUCCACAGUUCAAAGAACUUAACAAAAGAGAACAUGAUAAUUUGAACAAGCAGCAUUAUGAUUUCUUGAUGGCUCUGUCCCAUACCUAUUGAGGCAAUGUUAACUCCAGUUACUUAACUCAGCUUGCUGCACAAUGUUUGCCUCUGCAUGUUAAUUAACUUCCUUUUUAGUGUCUAAUUAAUGCAUAUUAACAUAAUUUUUUUCAAAAUUCAGAUAAAAGAAAGCUAGAUAAACUACUAUCCAUACCAUUUCCAAAAAUAAAAUACCCUAUCUGACACUUGUCCUCUUCCUUAUCUCACACUUAUAAAUUGAGGUGACUGAUGAUUAUUUCACCUGGUGAAGAGGAACUACAUUUCGGAGCCACAGAAUUGUGGAAAAUUAGUCUGUUUCGGCUCUGUGGGAGAGGAUGGCAAAAGUACUCUACUCUUCAUCAAAUCCAUGGUAUCAGUUCAAUGGAAGAUGAGUGUCUUGAAUGCGUACUUAACUUCCCCAUCAUGAAGCCUUUGAUAACCACCAGCAAGAAAAAAAAAAAACAAAAUAAAAAAAAACCAAAACAAACAGAAAACCAACAAACAAAACAAGAGGCAAUGACAGACCAUCUGCCAGUACAAGAAGAGUAGUGGCUUAUUUGUUGUUAUAGAAUUAUCAUAGUUGAAUCUUUUCUUUACAUAUGUUCAGAGCAUGCUUCUAGAUUUGAAAACUAAUGAAAUGAUUGCUCAUGAGAUGAAUACACAAAUGAUUCUUGGUCAAUAAAAGGGGCCAUGUACAAUUUUAGUCUAAAAUGUUCCUUUUUCUUUCUCUGUGGAAAGAAGUUGAUCAUACGCACGUCAUUGCAUCUUAUUCUGCUAUUGGUGGCGCACCUUUUCUACAGCAAAGUCUAUUGAAAUCCUUGGGGGGAAGCACCCCAUUUUUUUUUCACUAGCAUUUUAGUUGUGUGAAUCUCUUUUUAGAGUGUCUGGAAAACUAUAAAAUGCAAUUGAGCUAUUUUUUAUUUUUUUGACGGAAGUGUAAGAAACUGCUGCUACGUACCUGUUUAUAUGUAUUGUCUCUCAUUAGGAACUGUAAACUGAAGAAGCUUUUCUUCACCUUAGUCCUGCCAAAUUGUAACUUUGAAUGUUGAUAUGUGUAAAUAUGCGUGUAUUCCAAAUAAGUCUGAAAGUGUUACACCACAGGCAUCUCCAGUGAUUUGUUCUUCAGCAAGCAGUCAGUUACAAAAUAUAUAUAGCUGUGUUCCUUGUCUGUCUUUAUGCAAAGAUUUUUUUGCCUGAGGUGGUACUUGGAUGGCAGGUGAUGUUGGAAAGCUACAUCCAAAGGAGGAUUUUUUGGAAGCAAGUUAAUUUCCUUUUUUCCUUUUUGUUUUCCUUUUCUUUUCCUUUUUUUUUUUUUUUGCUUAAUUAAUGGCACUGAUCUUACCUGAACUUUUAAACUUGAAUUUUUCCUGCACUUUAAUUCAAUCAUGGAUUUUAUUACUUAAUUUUGUUUCUGUAUUUGUGCAGUUCAGGUUCAUUAUUUGUAUAUAAACACACACAUUCAGUAAAGACUUUAGAACGGAUUACUUUUGGGCACGUUUGCUAAUUAUGUGACUAUCGUUUAGAAUGUGUGUUUUCUUAGCAAAAUAUGUAUAUACAAGUAUAUACAAUAUAGAAUCUAAUGAAAGGCACUUAUCCUGUGUCGACAUUGAGUUUAUAAAUUACUGCAACACUUUCAGAUUUGUUACUAGAUAAUACAAUAAAAUCUGUUAUAUUUAUACAUACUGCUUAAGAAUAUACUUUUAGUUAAAUAAUUUUUAUAUGUACACUUCUACCUUUAAUUUUAAAAAGACUUAUGUUCAAUUUUUAAGUCGAAGUACUUAAAGUAUGUAUAUUAUCCAUAGAAGAAGUUGUUUUAAGCUUAUGAAUACAUUCAUAUCUCAUAUCGAGAUGAUACAAUUACUAAGCAAUGAAAACAAAUAGCCCAUUUUGCUUUGCAGAAAAUAAUCAUACUUAUUUUUACCUCCCAUUUGGAACAUCCUUAAACAAUUCUCUAAGUAUGGAGAGGGAAGAUAGUGCAUUCAGAAAAUUAACCUAAUGUAAAAGUUUUCUCAAUAACUGCAGUCUGUGAUUUAUUUAUUUUUUUAAGGUAUACACAUGAAAGGCUUAUUUUCAGCUCUAUUCCUUA